GUCAUGUAUAAGUGGGUGUCCUGGUAAAAAGGAAUGCGUUACGCUUCUUCCAUUAUGAAUCUAGCUUAUCUAUUCGUCUUCAACAACGGUGGGUCGGGGGCUAGCACGACAAACUCAAAGAGCACAUGGUUGCCAGAGAUCGAUGGGAUCACAGCUAAUCGUUUCCAUGCGAAUGCGCUGGUGCGCGGCUCCCCUGCACAUACUCACAAUGUCUUCCCUAUUAGGCCUGCCGCAUUUACGCGUGCAGCUCUUGCCAGUUUUUACCAGGUACGACUUGGCUGAACCACGCACGUGUGUCCAGGAAGACGGAUACCGUACUCCCCCCUUUGCCGAGGGAGAGGAGACUCGAGGGAAUAGUUCUCAUGCUGUCAAGAGGGGUUGUCUAAUAAAUUCACCUGGUAGUACUUCCAGGAGCCAAUCCCCAUGCAUUCUCGUGUGCUCGUUCUGCUACUGGCAGUAGUCGCGGCAUCCGCUUUGGUGGACCGGCAACCCGGGGGUUGUGCUUGCGGUAGCAAU